UCAAGAGUCCAACUCCAUCUCUACCUCGUCCACUAUCUUCCUGAGCCUGUUCGCGCUGGCGAUGGUCCUUGGCCCUCCGAGCAUGGCUCGCACAUACGUCUUGACUUUCUCGGCGUCCAUUCGACCGUCUAUGGUGAAGAGUUCGUGAGUAACUUCGGCAGGUGCCGUCGGUGCCGUGUAGCCUGCGAUGUUGUUGGCUAUCUCGUUUAGAGUCGUCGGUACUGCUGUGGAGAUUUUCUGGUCGCCACUCAAACGGGCUGCUGCUCUGAGCAUGGCUUUCGUCUGCUCCAGAAAAUUCGCGCCAGCCGGCUCGGCUCCCCCCUUCCUCUCGAUUUCCGAGCAGUUCUUGAGCAUGCCCACGCAACCCGCAUCUGGCAU